AUUCUAGAGGGGUGUUUGAAGAUGAUGGUUCAGUAUGCUGCUGUGUCUCUGUGGUGUGAGGAUGCUCUGGCUCUGUGGUGUGAGGGUGCUCUGGUUCCUGGGGAGGAAUGAAUACAUGGUUGGAAGAAGGUUUCU